UAGCUGGAUUUUGAUAGGAACGUAAAGAUUCUUGCAAUCCUUACCAAUACUGGGGCUGAACAGUGCUGUGACUCUAUAAAUUUGGCAUAGGUGAUCACCACAUUUGUUCUUUAUCUACACUGAAAUUCAGUUUAUUUAAGUAAUUUUGUAGUGGCAGGUAGCAAUGGCAGCUAGGUAUGAUCUCAUCAAGUGUAUCAAUGCUGGUCCAGCGCAUAAGGUGUGGAAGCUCAAAGUACGUGUCAUUAGACUUUGGACCGUUUCUCAAUUUGCAAGAUCUGGGAUGAAGGCACCUAUUGAGAUGGUUGUCCUUGAUGAAGAGGGAGAUACAAUUCAAUGCACUGUAAAAGACAUAUUUGUUCCUAUCUUCGAGGGCUUACUCGCUGAGGGCAACGUGUACGUGGUCACUAAUUUUGGAGUUGCUUUGAAUACCAUCAAGUUCAAGCCUACUAGACACGAAUUUAGGAUCCAUUUCAAGAGGGACACGAUUGUGCGUCCGGUACAAGAUUCUUCAGUUCCAUUGAACGGAUUUAAUUUUGUUCCGUUCAAAACAAUUCAAUCAGAGUCUAAAGAAGAUGGUUAUUUAGUUGAUGUGAUAGGUCAGCUUGCUUCUAAGGGUAACUUGGUCGAAUUCACACGGGACGGGAAGCCGUCAAGUUAUAUCACCAUAGAACUUGAUGAUCUUGAGGGUGGACAGAAACUAAGGGUAACGUUGUGGCAGUCUUUUGCUUUUGAAUUGCUCAAAUAUCUAGAGGAACACCCGUGUCUUACCUAUGUGGUUAUUCUCCAAAUGGGCAAGAUGAAAUUUUAUAGUGGGGUCAUGGGUGUAUCUAACACAAACUACAAUUCAAAACUGUUUAUCAAUGUUGAGUUUCCAGCUGCCAGGGAUUUCUUUGCGAGGGUGAACAAAUUGGAUCCUAUUGACGGACAAGGCAUAAUGCCGCUGGUCUGUGGUCAACCUGUUUCAGAUGAGGAGGAUUUUUUGCGUCUGUCAGUUUACAAAACAAUUGCAGAGAUAAAGGAGCAUAAUCAGGAUGCUGUAUUUGUUACAGCCGGGACGAUUAAAGAAGUUGAGACUGAAUUUGGUUGGUGGUACAAAGGAUGUAAGAAGUGUCGUCGUGGCUUGAAAGAACUUGAUACUCCCUCCCCCCCCCUUAAGAUCGAGAUUUAG